UUCUUGCCUCGACUUGCUAGCUAUGUGAUUCUUGCCUCGACUUUUUUGGUGUCUAGUGGUGUGCUUGAACUGUGUGCUCUUCGAUUCUUCUGAUUAUCCUCUGUAUUGGUUUUUUAAGAGUAACUCUUGCCAAUAAGCUGCAAAUUCUUGCAAUUGGGAUGCUGUUAUAACUUAGUAAUUCUGACCAGUCUUUGAACAUAUAUAUCUUCAAGUACGUACUACGAUCUUCUUUCCUUCUUUUUAGUCAGGUUCAUCAUUUAUUAGGUCUGGUGAAAUUUCCUUGUUUAUUAGGUUUGUGGCCCAGUUCUCUUGCUUUUUUCUUGUGCUGUUUACUUGCAAACAGUACGUAUUUUACUGUGAGGACUUUAUAUUGCUCCUCAAGCUUUUACUUGUGAGAAUCUAUUUCCGAAGUUGCUAAAAGUUGUUGCGUUCUCUCUCUGUUCAAUCUUGCUACAACAAUUUCUUUGAUUUUGCAUGAUCCAGUUGGAAAAGAAUACUGUACCGACCGAUGAAGAAGGGGUUGUUACCCCUGUGAACCAGUUAAAACAAGAGAAAAGAGAAUGUGGUAUUGAAUGCGAGAUUGUGACCCCCUUAAACCUGCCAGAACAAGAAGAAAUCUGCCUCACACCGCCGGAAUGUGAAGAUAUGAAAACUGAAGAAUGCGGGAUUGCGACUCCUAUGAACCAGCCAGAACAAGAAGAAAAUAUGGUCGAUGUUAAUUUCUGCCUCACACCACUAUGGGAAGAUACGAAAACUGAAGAAUGUGCGACUAGGGGCAGGGCUAAGAGAAAGCUCGCUCAGCUUUAACAAGGGUAUUAGUUUUGGUUAUUAUGUUGCUGCCUUUUAUACAUGCUUUGGCAUAAAUCGACCAAUGGGUUCAAAAGAUGGUCAAGAGUGCUCUGUCGUUGAAUGAGACUUUUGUUAAACUAUGGUUCUCUUUGUGUAGGAGUAAUGUUUUGGUUAAUGCUUUCACAACCCAUAGGAAAUGCUGGUCACUUGCUUUCAAUCCCCAUUCAAUGAUACAAUAUCUUCAACCUGUGUUGCUGUCUACUAACUGCUAUGCUUCCAAAUAAUAUGUAUAUCACACUUUGAGACACUUAUUUUCUCCAUAUCCAUGUUAUGCACUUGUCUGUACGUAGUUGGCUUCCUGAGACUGGCUUCAUGCUGUUGAACUCAAGCACCCAAGGAGACCAGCAGCUGACAAGUCGGCUCUAACUAGCUCCCUCGUUCUGUUGGAAAUUGGUGGGAGUCUUUGAGCAUUUUGCUUAAUGGGCUGGUUGGAUUUCAAGUUUCAACCCGAAAAAGCCCAGGGCUUGAAGUUACCCUCACCCUUGUGUUCAUGAAGAUGAAUAGAUGAUGGCUUGGGGAAUUGGUAAAGCAUGAUUAAGCAUUCUGCACAAAUGGCUGGUUGGUUUUCUCAAUAUCUUAUACUCAGGUUAUGGAAAUUUGAUAUUCAUCCUAAACUAUGUUGAAUAGUAUAUGUUUAGGUGUGGAUUCUUGGUACCGGGGCCGUCAACAAUGACAGAAAAUGUUGAUGGCUAGCCAUGCUUGACUCACAAAAAACUGAGUGUCUCUCUGAGUUGUCUUUAUCAAACACAGUUGAAUGGUA